AUGUCUGCCAUCAAAAACGCCGCUAUUACUGGUGCCUCCGGCAACCUCGGCAAGAUCAUUCUUGAUCGCCUCAACGCCUCCAACAAGUUCAAUGUCACUGUUUUCCGCCGCAUCGGUUCUUCUUCGGCAUUCCCCGAUAACGUUACCGUUGUUGAUAUCGAUCUUACGUCUGUCGACGAUCUUACUGCGGCCUUGAAGGGUCAAGACGCCUUUAUCUCCGCAGUUGGGACCCUGCAGAUCCCUGGGCAAAGAGCUCUUAUUGAUGCUGCUAUCGCAGCUGGCGUAAAGCGAUUUAUUCCUUCCGAUUUCGGUUCAAACCUGGAUAAUCCUAAAACUCGAAAGUUGCCUGUUUUUGCGAAGAAGAUUGAAAUCCAGGAGUAUCUUAUCGAGAAGGCCAAGGCUGACUCUAUCACGUACUCUCUGGUCUACAACUCUGCCUUCCUUGACUGGGGUCUCGAUCAUGGUUUCCUUCUCUCGCACGAGGAUGGCAAGCCGAAGAUUCUAGAUGGCGGUGACCGUGUUUUCUCCGCUACUACGCUUGCCACUAUCGGCGAUGCCGUCGUCGGCAUCCUCUCCCAUCCCGAGGAGACCAAAAAUCGCGCCGUAUACGUCGAUGACGCUAAGAUUACGCAAAAUCAGCUUCUGAAGAUUGCGCGCGAAGCCACUCCUAAUAAAACCUGGGAGCCCAUUCAAUUGAAGGUCGAUGAUCUUACUGCGCAGGCUGAUGCUCGCCUUGCUCAAGGUCUUUUCGACGCCGAAACGUUUAUUCCCUAUCUUUUCCGCGCUAUUGUCGACCCGGCCUAUGGCGGGAACUUUGAGAAGACUGAUAAUGAUUUGCUUGGCAUCAAGGGUCUGACCGAGGAGCAGGUUGCUGAGAUUGUGAAGAAAGUAGUUCAGCAGUAA